UGGCUGAGAUACGGCCCAUUCGUGAAGGGACUGAGGGCCGACAGUUCAGAUUGUUCGGCCAUGUUAACAGGGCGGCCUAUGAUCGAAGGGCAGGUGGCUGUAGGGAGCUACAUGGAGGAAGCCGACCUAGAGGUACGUCAAAACUCAUGUACUACCAUCACAUCGUCAGGUAUAAGGCCUCUGGAGGAACCGUACUGCAGGUGUGAG